AUGGCGGGGUCUCCCCGCCGCACCGCGGGCCGGCGACUGCAGCUGCCCCUGCUGUGCCUCCUCCUCCAGGGCGCCACCGCCAUCCUCUUUGCGGUCUUUGUCCGCUACAACCAUGAAACCGACGCUGCCCUCUGGCACUGGCGCAACCACAGUAACGCAGACAAUGAAUUUUACUUUCGCUACCCAAGCUUCCAGGAUGUGCACGCCAUGAUCUUCGUGGGCUUCGGCUUCCUCAUGGUCUUCCUGCAGCGCUACGGCUUCAGCAGCGUGGGCUUCACCUUCCUCUUGGCCGCCUUUGCCCUGCAGUGGUCCACACUCGUCCAGGGGUUCUUCCACUCCUUCCACGGUGGCCACAUCCAUGUAGGCAUAGAGAGCAUGAUCAAUGCUGACUUCUGCGCUGGGGCUGUGCUUAUCUCCUUUGGUGCCAUACUGGGCAAGACUGGGCCGGCUCAGCUGCUGCUCAUGGCCCUGCUGGAGGUGGUGCUAUUUGGCCUCAACGAGUUUGUGCUCCUUAGUCUCCUUGGGGUGAAGGAUGCAGGAGGCUCCAUGACUAUUCACACUUUUGGUGCCUACUUCGGGCUGGUCCUCUCCAGGGUCCUCUAUAGGCCCCAGCUGGAGAAGAGCAAGCAUCGCCAGGGCUCCGUCUACCAUUCGGACCUCUUUGCCAUGAUUGGGACCAUCUUCCUGUGGAUCUUCUGGCCUAGUUUCAACUCUGCACCCACUACGCUGGGGGAUGGGCAACAUCGGUCGGCUCUCAACACAUACUACUCCUUGACUGCCAGCACCCUCAGCACCUUCGCCUUGUCAGCCCUUGUCGGGAGGGAUGGGCGGCUGGACAUGGUCCACAUCCAGAAUGCCGCACUGGCCGGAGGGGUUGUGGUGGGGACAUCCGCUGAAAUGAUGCUGACACCCUUUGGGGCUCUGGCAGCUGGCUUCCUGGCUGGGACCGUCUCCACACUGGGCUACAAGUUCUUCACGCCCAUCCUUGAGUCAAAAUUCAAAAUCCAAGACACAUGCGGUGUCCACAACCUUCAUGGGAUGCCUGGGGUCCUGGGAGCUCUCUUGGGGGUCCUUGUGGCUGGGCUGGCCACCCAUGAAGCUUACGGAGAUGGCCUAGAGAGCGUGUUUCCACUCCUAGCCAAGGGCCAGCGCAGCGCGACGUCUCAGGCCAUGCACCAGCUCUUUGGACUGUUUGUCACACUGAUAUUUGCCUCUGUGGGUGGGAGCCUUGGAGGGCUGCUGCUGAGGCUGCCCUUCUUGGACUCCCCGCCAGACUCUCAGUGCUACGAGGACCAGAUUUACUGGGAGGUUCCUGGGGAGUAUGAGGAUUUAGCCCAGGGACCUCUGAGGGCAGAGGAACUGGAGACUCGGGCCUAA